GGGAGUUUGAUUACGAACGAACUUGAAAAAGAUUCAUCGUCUUCUCCGUCUGUUAGAGAGCAAAGAGAUGAUGAGCUCUGCAACAGCAAUUGGAAACUGGAAGCACACUGUUCUCUACUUAGCCUUAAUCUUAUCUCUUCUCUACUUCAUCGAAUCCCUAAUCUCGCACAAAUUACAUAUCAACCAUAACAACAUCCAUCUGAAAAGGUCUCCAAAUCUUCCUCUAAGGUUCCGCGACGAUGGCACAUUCAAGAUCCUCCAGGUUGCGGAUAUGCAUUUCGGAAUGGGGAGUAUUACUCGGUGUAGAGAUGUGUUGGAUUCUGAUUUUGAGAACUGUUCUGAUCUUAAUACUACUCGGUUCCUUCGGAGGAUGAUUGAAGCUGAGAGACCUGAUUUGAUCGCUUUUACUGGGGAUAAUAUAUUCGGAUCAAGUACUACUGAUGCAGCUGAAUCUCUACUUCAAGCCAUUGGUCCAGCUAUUGAAUAUGGAAUCCCAUGGGCUGCCAUUUUAGGAAAUCAUGACCAAGAAUCCACUUUGAACCGUGGAGAACUUAUGACUUUCCUUUCUCUUAUGGAUUUUUCCGUCUCUCAAAUCAAUCCACCAGUCGAAGAUGGGACCAAAGGAGGCACAGUGAGAUCAAUUAAUGGCUUUGGGAAUUACCAACUCAGAGUACACGGUGCACCUGGUUCUGUGCUGUCAAAUAGCACUGUCUUUGACCUCUUCUUUCUUGACAGUGGAGACAGAGAAAUAGUCCAAGGUAGACGAACAUACGGAUGGAUCAAGGAAUCUCAACUUCGUUGGCUUCAAGAUACUUCUAAACAUGUAAUGGAUCAUAACCAGAGGAUUCCCGGUAAUCCUCCAGCGUUAGCCUUCUUCCACAUCCCAAUCCCGGAAGUCCGUGAUCUGUGGUACACACCCUUUAUUGGGCAGUUUCAGGAGGGUGUGGCAUGCUCCGUUGUUGAGUCAGGAGUCUUACAGACCUUUGUGUCCAUGGGAAAUGUAAAAGCUGCGUUCAUUGGACACGACCAUGUCAAUGAUUUUUGUGGAAAACUAAAAGGGGUAUGGUUUUGUUACGGUGGAGGAUUCGGAUACCAUGCUUACGGAAGACCAAAUUGGCACAGAAGAGCAAGAGUGAUAGAGGCUAAGCUCGGGAAAGGAAGAGACACAUGGACAGGGAUCGAACUUAUCAAGACUUGGAAACGUCUCGAUGACCAAGACUUAAGCAAGAUAGACGAACAAGUACUAUGGGAAACUUCCGAUACAAUUCUGAAAGGAUAAACGGGCAAAGACAUAUAAAGUAAGUAGAUACAACGGUGGUGGUGUAUAACUCUCUACGUCGUUGUCUCCCAAGACUUUGGUCUGUCUCAUUCUCAUUCUCUCUUUUUCGCCCUUGUCUAUAUAAAGCUC